UAAUAUUUUUGAAGGAACUGAAACAAUCUUCAUGUGUUUCUAUCAGGAAAAACUAAAUAAUUGUUAUGAUAGGUGUCUGUGUUUAUGAUUUAUUCUAGUUUUCUGUCUUGUCUUCUGGUUUCUUCCACCUGUCUGCUCCAGCCCCGCCCACUCACACCUGAUCCUCAUGUUUCUCUCCCAGGUGUUUCUUGUUUUUGCUCAUUAGUCUCACCUUUAUAUUGUGUCUUGUCUUCACCUCCCUGUUGGAUCACUGUGCUGUGGUUCAUGUACCUCAAGUUUUGUAUCAAGCAAAGUGAGUUGUUUUUGAGCUGCCAUUUGAUAAAUAAAUGGUUUUAAUAACAGAACAAACAGUUUAAAAGUUGAACGACUUCCUGAUUCUACAGUCACACCAUUAACUCCCAUUGAUUCUGAGGGAGGAAAAGGACUUUCUGGAGUGAUUUUUACGUUUAGAAAUCUGAAAAAGAACAUUUUAUAAAACCAAAUAAGUGAAUUCCCGUCAAACAACAAAAAUCCGACUAAAGUAAUUCCUUGAUAAACGAGCCUUUGUUUGGUGAAACUUUUAGGCAGGUGAGGGUGUAAAGUUGUUAUGAAAGACGAUGGAUUUAAUGGUUUUCACAAUCCGUCCUAAUUAGGAUGAAGGAUUCUUGGGUUCAAGUUUCACAAAAACACCAGAAAUCCCUCAGAAGCGUGCAGCAGCUCCAACAGGACGGAUCCAAAGCUUCAGCCGAGCAGAGAAGCUGAACGGGACAGAGCGUUUAGGACAGCCUAAACAAGAGCGACACACCUGGGAGAUGCAGUUUCUGUGAAACCUGCCGAGUGGUGGGGGGGAGACAGGAAGCGGUUCAACCUUUUAAAUUGGGAGGAAGGACAGCCGAGUUUCCCCCUGAUCGAGUUCUGCCAGUCCAAAAGAUGUCAAUGACUAGCCUGGACCGAGGAGGAAGAGGAACCAAGGCCUCAAAGCACCACAAAAAGCCCACAUCUGAGGCACUGAAAGGAGCCAUCCAGCUGGGCAUCGGUUAUGCUGUCGGUAACCUCAGCUCCAAACCUGACAGAGACGUCCUCAUGCAGGACUUCUCUGUGGUGGAGUCCGUCUUCUUGCCCAGUGAGGGUAGCACCCUAACUCCAGCGCAUCACUUCCCUGAUUUCCGUCUGAAGACGUACGCCCCGCUGGCGUUCCGUUACUUCAGAGAACUCUUCGGCAUCAAACCGGACGACUACCUGUACUCCUUCUGUAACGAGCCGCUGAUCGAACUGUCCAACCCCGGGGCCAGCAGCUCCUGGUUCUACCUGACCAGCGACGACGAGUUCAUCAUCAAGACGGUGCAGCCCAAAGAGGCCGAGUUCCUGCAGAAGCUGCUUCCUGGUUACUACAUGAACCUGAACCAGAACCCGAGAACGUUGCUUCCGAAGUUCUACGGCCUGUACUGCAUCCAGUGCGGCGGCGUGACGGUGCGCGUGGUGGUGAUGAACAACGUCCUGCCGCGAGCCAUCAACAUGCACUACAAGUACGACUUGAAGGGCUCGCUGUACAAACGCCGCGCCUCGCGCAAAGAGCGCACCAAGUCCUCGCCCACCUUCAAGGACCUGGACUUCCAGGACAUGCACGAGGGACUCUUCUUCGACCCCGACACCUACAACGCCCUGAUGAAGACCCUGCAGAGGGACUGCCGGGUUCUGGAAAGCUUUAAAAUCAUGGACUACAGUCUGCUGCUGGGGAUCCACGUGUUGGACAGGAAGCCUCUGAGCAGAGGGAGUCGAUGUGACAGCAGGAGGGGACAGAAGGUCCUGUACUCCACCGCCCUGGAGUCCAUCCAGGGGAACGUCAAGGAUCCAGACCCGGUGGCCGACGACGACACACUUGGAGGAAUUCCUGCCAAACAUCGAGACGAGAGCCUCCUGAUCUUUUUAGGAAUCAUCGACAUCCUGCAGUCCUACAGGUUCAUAAAGAAAGUGGAACACUCCUGGAAGGCUCUCGUUCAUGACGGGGACACGGUCUCGGUCCACAGGCCCAACUUCUACGCCGACCGCUUCCUGAAGUUCAUGGGAACGACCGUUUUCAAGAAGCUGCACCCUCUGAGGGGAGCGUCCUCCAGGAGGAGGCGGGGCUCGCUCCACGCCGGCCAGGCCAAGUCCCUGUCCCAGGAGGUGCUGUCCCCGCUGUGGGAGGCCAAGGACGAGAAGAAGAAGACCCAGAGCCUCGACAACCUGGACGGAAACUUUUACAGCUCCUCCAAACAACCGGAUCUUCUCCCACAGUCCGCUCUGACGUGCGAGUCCAGCAGGGACGUCCAAGAGGACCCAGAGAACGGUGAGGAACGACGAGCCUCCAGUUCCACCAUCGCGGUGGACUCUCCUCUGGCGUCUCUCAACAGAAGCCAGUCGGACACAGAGCUGGACGUUUACCUGCCUCGCACAGACUCAUCCAGGCGGCCCAGCUGGAGCUCAGUGCCUCUUCUAAAUUGAGGAUGCAGCAGAACGACGCAGCACAGAGGAUGGAGAAAACUACGAGCAGCGCCGCGCCGCUUCUCCUCCUUCAGCAUCACUUUGUGCCUUUUUCAACUUCACUAUUUGUGUAAAGGUCAACAAAUCUCUGCAAACGUCAUUCUCCGUGUUAACAGCUGGUGUGUCAGUUUGGCUUUAUGUGCGUCGAGAACCACGAACACUAGGCUGAUUCUUCCUCUUUCCGUUAUCUUUGCUGCUAGUAAAACGUCCGAGUUCCACUUUUCUUCUCUUCUGCUUUUUGUUUUUCUGGAAAUCUGAACAGCUGGAUCCCUGAGAACAGGCAUAUCAUUUUAUUUGCUGUUAUUUUCAAAUCAGCCCUGUUAAUAAAUCUUUUGACUUAUUUAUGUAUAAAACACGCAGAUUUAUUUCUGCUGUAAUGUGAAUCUCUGUAUAUAUGUAGAAGAAACUGCUAUAUAUAUUUUUUAAAUCCUUACAAAAUUAACAAAUAAAUAAUUAUAAAUAAUUGAAAAAUGACCAAAACUACAAUGUUAUCUGCUUUACUUGUAUCAGCAUGCUAACAUUAGCAUGCUAACAUUAGCAUGCUAACAUUUGCAAACUAAGCUGUGUUCAGUUUGGAGUUAACUGUUUAUGACGCUUUUUCUGUUUCUUUAAAUAUUUUUAAAAUCUGUGUUUGAGCUUUUAAACAUACAUAAAUGUAUUUUAAUUUAUUAGCAACUGUUAGCACGCUAACACCGAAAAUUAAACAAAUGUUAGCAUGCUAAUGUUAGCGUGCUAAGCUGUGUUCACAGUUCAGAGGUAAUUGUUUAUAACAUUUUCAGUUUCUUUCUAUCUUUAUACAGCUCAUGUUUGAAUUUUUUUCCACAUGUAAGAAUUGUACUUUAUUUUUAUUAUUAGCAGCUUUUAGCAUGCUAACACAGAAAAAUAGACAAUGUUAUUAUGCUAACUGUGCUAAGUUGCGAAAACAGUUUAGAGCUAAUUGUUUAGGACUGUUUAUAACUUUGUUUUCUGUUUCUUUCAAUCUUUUUACAGCAUAUGUUUGAGGUUUUUUUCACAUGUAAGAAUUGUACUUUAAAUUAUCAGCAGCUGUUAGCAUGCUAACACAGAGUUAGAUGUUAGCAUGGGAGGCUCACACUGUAUUAGUAUAUUUUUAAUGAUAAAACCUAAUUUAUUUGAAUGUUUCAGGACAUAAUUUCAACAUAGUUUUAAUUCUACUUCAUGUAAACUCUGUAAGAGCMAAUUUUAGUCAUUCACACUUAAAAAUAAAUGUGGAAUUGUUGACAAACUAUUAUUUUGACAAUAAAACACUGAUUUAUGUUCAUCUAAAUCAGUAAAAAACUAGCAUUCACAUAGCACGCUGCGUCGUUUUAAACAAAGACCAUGUGAUCUGUUAGCUGUGACUCUCAGCUACACCUGUUUUUAGCUCAAUAUUUGUAAUUUUAACGGAUUUGUAACCAUGUAGGAGUUUGCUGCAGGCAAUAAUUAGGCCCAUAUUUUAUUAUCUUUACAAUAAGUUAUUAAAAUCAGUGUUGGCUAAAAGCUAAUUUUGAAGGUUUGUUGUAGUUUGUCUUUUAUGUCUGUACAGAUGUAUUUGUGUAAUUUACAUGCCUAAAUAUCUGAGAAAGAAAUAAAUAUUUAAUGUCUUUA